AUGAACCCAGGUUCGAACGCAAAGCCGUUCUUCCUGCUGAUGCCGAAUUACUUCUGUGCCAAGGAUUUUUACGACGAUGCAUUGGCCUCCUCUAAGUCGGUGCUAUACCUUUGCCCCCGCAAGCGAUACUUCUACUGGACGCCCAAGGGCCUCCGGAAGCGUUCCAAGGUCGACGUGGAGAGCUGCCCAGAAGUUGCCAGCCUUGAGACACCGGGGAUGGCGGAUUACUUGGAUGACAUUGAUGAAGAGACCAAGCUCAAGGUCGCAGCAGAAGCUGGCUACCCUCAGAGCAUCUUUGAGAAGCCAAAGAAGGGGCUUGAUGAGGCUGCCAUCCGCGCCGCUGCGGCAGAGGAUUGGUUCAGCACCAAGGCCCCAGCGCCCCGAGGCCGGGAGACGGAACCGGUGCCGGAGCCAGCAGAGGAGGCGCCUCUUCGCAAAGAUGGUGGCAACGUCCUGAAAUGCCUGGAGGGGCUUGACUGGGAGCUGAUCGAAGACGAGGAGAGCCUGGCGGUCAAUGUGACUUUCAGUGACAGCCUUUGGUUCCGCCUUUGUGGGGUCACAGGCUACUCCGCCUUCAAGGAGGCUGUCAGCUUCGAACUUGCGGAGCAGCAGCUGCGGGUACUGCAUGCGGGCUCUGUUGUACUGGACCUUCAAUUGCCCAGUCCAGUCGAUGCCCCGGGGGCUUCUGCGAGCGUCAGCAGCCGCAAGAUGCGUGUUGCUGUCAAGGCCCGGAAGCUCUCGAAGAAGUCUUCCUGA